CAUGUAGGUUGGAGCAGGCUGUUUUCAUUUCUGUCUUCACUAAGUAAAUCUCAGGAGGAAACUGAGAGGUUCAAGCAAGAACUCUUGCAUCGGUCUCUUGCACUAGCCCUUUGUACUGGUCACCUCUGUGGAGAAAAGCAAUUCCGUCAGCGUUCCAGUGUAGCAUCAGUAAACCUGCCACCUGCGAAGACUGGGAGGGCCGCCUCACAAGAUGAAAGGAGAGAGUUCAUUUCUGUGUUCCCUGACAUGGUGCGGGAUCUCUCUGAAAUUGGAACACAUUCAGAUAUCCCAGAGGCCCAAAAGUGGUAUGCGAAGGUUCCUUUGAAGAUUACUUUUUAUGGUCCAUAUAUAGCAGGGGAAGUGGUGAAAUAUAGCGGGAUGUGUACCUCUCAUUAUCUUGACCUGAAAAAUAUAUCCAUUAGGUUUAGGCAGCCUGACAUAUUCCGUCAGCGUUCCAGUGUAGCAUCAGUAAACCUGCCACCUGCGAAGACUGGGAGGGCCGCCUCACAAGAUGAAAGGAGAGAGUUCAUUUCUGUGUUCCCUGACAUGGUGCGGGAUCUCUCUGAAAUUGGAACACAUUCGGAUAUCCCAGAGGCCCAAAAGUGGUAUGCGAAGAUACUCCAGUACAAUGCAGUGGGUGGAAAGAUGAAUAGAGGAUUAGCAGUUGGUUUGUCUUAUAAAUUACUUGCAAAGCCAGAAGAUAUAACUGCAGACAGCAUGAGGCGGGCCCACAUACUUGGCUGGUGCAUUGAACUGCUUCAGAGUUUCUUCCUGGUGGCUGAUGAUAUCAUUGAUGGCAGUGAAAUGCGGCGUGGAAGGCCUGCUUGGUACCGCAAAGAUGACCUUGGUCUGAGUGCCUUUAAUGAUGCUAUCCUUCUAGAGGCUGGGAUUUAUAAACUCUUACAUCAGCAUUUCCGUGAUGAAUCUUAUUAUGUUGAUAUUUUGGAGCUGUUCCAUGAGAUGACCUUGAAGACUGCAUUAGGUCAGUGUCUUGACCUGAUGUCAUGCCCAGCAGGUGGGAGACCUGUACUCAGUAAGUUCACAAUGGAACGUUAUGAUGCCAUUGUUAAAUACAAGACUGCGUAUUAUUCAUUUUACCUACCUGUGGCUCUUGCAAUGUAUAUGGCUGGGAUACGAAAUACAGAGAAUGUGAGAGUGGCUGACAUCACAGAUCGAGAACUGCAUCGUCAAGCAAGAACAAUCCUGGUUGAAAUGGGACACUUUUUCCAAGUACAAGAUGAUUAUCUUGACUGCUUUGGUGAUCCAUCAGUCACAGGCAAGGUUGGAACAGAUAUAGCAGAGGGCAAGUGCACCUGGCUGUCUGUUGUAGCACUUCAAAGAGCAACACCGGCACAGCGGGCUCUAAUGGAGCAACAUUAUGGCAAUCCAGAAGAAGAGAGUGUGAAUAAAGUUAGGGCACUUUACAAGGAACUGGGUUUACCUGCUACAUAUCGUGCAUAUGAAGAUUCCACUUCUUCCAUGAUUCGAGUUCACAUUCAGCAGAUUUCACGUGGCCUCAAUCAUAAUGUAUUUUUCAAGUUCUUAGAUAAAAUCCAUAAGCGCUCAAGCUAAAGGUGUCAAGUACACCCUGUAAGUCUCCUGUAGUACAUAUUCUCAUAUAACCAUUGUUUUUGUUGAGACAACAAACAAUAAUAUGAUCUUGAUAUCAGAUUAUUUUAUGCGUUUGGAUCAAAGAAAAUCUGUAUGUAGGGAUUUUAGUGCACUAUUUGAGGAACCAGCAUAGGUGUUGUACUACACUAAGGAUAUUAUUCAAAGAACUGUUUUGCUUCAUCUUUUCCUAUGAUGAUGGCAUCAGUGUAAUAUAAAUGAAUGUUAGUGUCUGUUUAUGCAAUAUGUAUAUAUAUAUAUAUUGUAUUAAGUGUGCAGUGAAAUUUAAAAAGUUUAGUUUUUUCUUUGUAUUGUCAUCAAAGCUUUCUUAUUCUUGAGACACAAAAACUGCCUCAAUACUUCAGUUCUGCAAAAGAGCCAAUAAAAUGUACAUCAUAAAA